GCUAAUGUCCAUGCACCCCACUCCUUUGUUCAAAUUGUUCAAGUGGAUCGACCGUUUUUCCAAGUGGCUGAAAUAUGCUAGCCCGAUGCUAAGGCGACUUUCUAGAGCAACCACAGAUGUUGACUUGUCUGAAGUUCUAUUGCUACCCAACACUGAUAAUCGAGCUCAACUACUGUCUCCGAGGGUUGGCAAAAUUUCUCGUUUCGGUAGUUUUUUACCACUUUGUGUUGGCGUGUGCACGCUGGGUCUGGUUGGCGUAUAUGUUUCGUUAUUUCUUAGUGGAAAACUGUUUUGGUUUAGAAAGGGAGAGUUUGACUUUAUUUCACAGUCCUCCCUUAUUUAUGGACCCCGAAAUGGCUCGAGUUCGAAUAUAUAUGCAGAAGUAGAAAGUAGACUCAUUCCUCACUUCCGUUUUGUUACAGUAAGUUCGGAUGACUGGGGGAGAUUUUCUGAUGCUAUUCCUUUAUUUCCAAAUAUACUUUGGAAACAACAAAACGGUGAUAUUUCCACAGCUUCCGGUUCUCCUUGGGAAUAUGGAACAGUCGAAACAAAGGAAGAUUUACAGAGGCUUUUACAAGUAUUGGAAUCUUUGAACAAGGACGUUGCUGCACAUGAAAGGGUUGUGUUGACUCCUUUUUUCAUUGUUUCUGGUCCAGAUAUUUCAGAAAUGAAGCUUAAAGGUUGUCCUGAAUCCAGUUGUGUUUAUGUAGAUGCUCCUAUAUACCUUAGAAACGGCGGUUCUGCAAAGUACCCGUUUCUCAGAGAAGGCUUAGAGCCACAAUACAAAGAGCUCUUUUCAAGACGUUUUUGGCAUCCUGAAUAUCAUGGAAGAGCGCACUUUGACGUUUUGAAGUGGUUUGUCGAAAUACAAACGCCAGAUUCUAUUGCACGGAAGUGUUUUGAGAGAGGACUAGUGUGCGGUAACAAUUAUUCUUCGUUGAGAAGUGAGCAUUCUAUGUUUUCCAGUCCUGAUAAAAACCCAGAUACUGAAGUGACGGAAUAUAUGCAAUGGAUUUCAGUUGGUUUACAUGCGUUUAUGGAGUUUUGGGGUUACAAACCAACUGUUAUUUCUUCACCACAUAAUACUUGGAGCUCUUCAUUAUUGCAAAGUGUAUUUCAAUUGGGUUUUAUAGGUGCAGAGUUGGGGGAUGAUCAAACAGCUCUGCUUGAAAGUUUUAAUACGUAUAGUCACCUAUCUCUUAUCAACCGAUUUCGAUAUGAUGCUUUUUAUCCGGAAUUUCAGUUCAGUUCACGGCUUGAACAACUUAUUUCACAUAUGAAUGAGACUCGGUUUACAUCUUUAUUAUGGCAUGCUCAAAACUCACUAUCAUCUUGUUUUGAUAGUGAAUACUUGGAUUAUUUAUCUAGCUGUUUUGUCAAAACCAUAGAGAAACUUCGUCAACAAGAUUGGCAUGUUGUUUUUCUUACGUCUUCAGAACUACAUCAAGUACGCAGGCGAGGAUGGAGCAGAGAAGUAUGGAUGGACCGUCUAGUCUACAGGAAUUUUUUGACAAAGCCAAUGGCGAUUAAUGUGGAUGAUUUGAGUCUCUUUAUAAGAACCAAUGAAACUUGGAGCAACCAUGUAUUACGUGUACAGCUUUAUAGUUAUUUAAACGAAACUUUUCGUCAUUUUGAAGGGCAGCCUAACUUUGUAUCUCAUAGAAAAGGACGGGGUCGUCUAUUUAUAUCCGUAUAUGAUACUCUUAUAUUACCUCCUGGAAGUUAUGUAGAAGUUACGGCAUUAUAAUGAUAUUAUAGUGAUAGGAAAUAA